GUAUAGCUACUUACAGUAGCAUAACAGUUUAAAGAUUAUGGAAUUACUUCUAAGAGUGUCUUUCCUGUUGCUAUUAUUGUAUCCAGUUGCUUCAGUCAACCUUACUACAAUUGGUAUUGGUGGUGAAGAUGAUUCAGUUUCAGCCUGCAUCCCUGUCAACAGGAACACCAGUCUUUAUAUGGCACUCAUCAAUCCUUCUUGUGAUAGCAGAGUUGAUCUAUAUCAGAGUCCUCGCUAUAAUCCGCCUCGAACCAAAAGUUAUGAUUUGACUUUCAGUAAUACAAAGACAGGUUUUACUCAUCAAUUAACUGGAAAUGUUGAUCCUGAGAAGCUUAUAUUUCUUUAUAUGGUUUCAUACAACAUCACGUACAUGUAUACCACAGAGGUUUCUAGUAAUUCGCCAUUGUGUAUUACAAUAGGGAUAGAUAAGCAUUGCUAUGCAACUAAUGAAGGAAAACCCAUUCCCCCAGAUUCAAAGAACAUUACAGCAUUUAGAUUUGAGGAUCUGAUUGUGGCAAUUUUCAUCAGAUACACUGAUAGGAAUCUCAUUGCAAGUGGAACCAUUACAAUAACACAAUUUUAUUAUGAAAACAUAAGUUAUCCUGAAGAAUGCAGCAACUUAACGAUAGACAGACCACAAUGCCAACUGAAGUCUUCCACUAAUGAAACUUGCAUAUUUGCAUUUUCAAACAACAGUGCAAAGUUGCAAUAUGGAGAUCAGCCAGUACAACAAUACAAUAGCAGUACAUACACUCCACCAAUAGCAAACUGUUCAGUAACUCCAACAACAUUUACACCAACAAUAUCUCCAACACCAGAUGGUCCUAAUAAUGCAGCAAUAACUGGAAUAGCAUCAGCAUCUGUUGGUUUUACCAUACUUCUUCUAGUGUCAAUACCAGGAAUAAUAAUCUGCUUUGGAGGAUACUACAUCAAAAGAAAAAAGAAAAGAAAUGACUUGGGAUGCUACGUCAAAAGAAAUAAGAAAAGAAAUGGCUUGGAUGUAUCACUUUAUAAAUUUGAUGAGGAGUAUUCCUUAAGCAUUCUUGAGAGAAGGAAAGAAGCAGAAAAAAGACCGAAGAAAAUGAAAAAGAUAAACUUUGCAACUGGAAUUAAACAAAUAAAAGGUUAG